AGUGGCGCGGCGGGGGCUUCAGGAUGACAAGAUGGCGACCGCGAUGUACCUGGAGCACUACCUGGACAGUAUUGAAAACCUUCCUUGUGAGCUCCAACGGAUUUUCCAUCUGAUGCGAGACUUGGACCAAAGAACUGAAGAUAAAAAGGUGGAGAUUGACAAAUUAGCAUCCGAAUACGUCUCAAAUGUGAAGGACCUGUCUCCAGAACAGCGGGUGGAGCAUCUGAAGAAGAUUCAGGGUGCUUACAAUAAAUGCAAAGAAUACAGUGAUGACAAAGUGCAGCUCGCUAUGCAGACGUAUGAAAUGGUGGAUAAGCAUAUCAGGCGACUGGAUGCUGACUUAGCAAGGUUUGAAGCUGAUCUGAAGGAAAAACUGGAAUCCAGUGACUAUGACAGCUCAGGAGGGAGGGGCAAUAAGAAAGCCAGAAACCAAAAAGACAAGAGGGGGUCACGAGGUCGUGGAAGGAAAGGAUCAGAUGAUGACACGCCAAAGAAGAAGAAGCAGAAAGCUGGGUCUGAUUAUUCUGAUUCUGUAUUGAAAAUGCAUCCGUCCGAUGUCUUGGACAUGCCAGUUGACCCCAAUGAACCCACCUACUGUCUGUGUCACCAAGUUUCAUAUGGGGAAAUGAUUGGCUGUGACAACCCUGAUUGCCCAAUUGAAUGGUUUCAUUUUGCUUGUGUGGAUCUUGCAACAAAACCAAAAGGAAAAUGGUUUUGCCCGCGGUGUAUCCAGGAAAGGAAAAAGAAGUGAAGCAAACUUUUAUUUUUUUCUUACACAAUAUAUUUUAUAGUAUUUUGUCUCUGUCUUGUUGCAAUUUUAUUCAGCCUUUCACAAUUUGUGUCUCUUUUUUCUCCUUUAACAUCCUGUUUGAAUGGUGAUCAUUUAAGGUCUAUGACAGUUUACUUGCAGAUAACAGGCCAGUGAUGGACAUUGAUGGCUUCAGCCAUUAACUAGAAUGGAACGCAACGAUCCACCUGAGAUUUUUAAACCAGGAGUUAAAACUUAUUCUGUCUCCAAUUUAGCAGGAAAUGGGAAUGUCUUUAAAUGGGGGAUUGUCGUGAUAUGGAAAAUGUACACGGUUUCUGCUGAAAUUUUAGAUUUGGAGGUUGUUGUGGAAAAGUUGAAGCCUUUUGGAAGUAACCAUAUAAAAACUACAGCAAUAAUCAUCUGUUUUAAGAACUGGUUGAUUUCAAACUCGUGGUCACUAAGCCAUGGAGAUAAUAAUAAUCCUUGCAUUUGAUAUAGAGCCUUACCACG